AUGCUUUAUUUCUUCCUUCAUCUACAUAACCCUGAAAAGUCACAUCAAGCAAACUACCUAGUUCACAAGAUGCCGGGCCCGAACGAGGAUAAUGACACCAAUAAUGAAAGAACUCUCCGGAGCGUUUGGAUGACCGUCGAGUUUUAUAACAAUAGACCGAUAACUUUGCGAGGAAACCAAUUGAUCAUUGAGCUCUGGGUCAGGCCACGGGGCAAGUAUAACUAUGCAAUCGAACGACAAACAGUGGCAGUUAUUCUUAGAGCGAGGGACACCGCUGACCCUGCAGUCCGAUUGGAAGCCGCUCGCAAUAGUCCUGCGAUUCUGGAAUCAAGUGGAUACUGCCGCGUUGUCUGCAAUGGCACUGGUUUUGUCCCGGGGAGAACAUAUUCAUUUACUGGUCAGGUGAACCAGCGGCUUGGUAACCCAUCUGUAUACUGGUCGUCGGAUUUUGGCAUACCCCUGGGGGAUCGCAUGGUCCAGGAGAGAGGCAGUGCAAACGAAGAGUCUGAUGGUACCAGCGAUGAAGAAGAACAGGGCGCGUCUUCCAAUGGCAAUGCUACCGGAUGGACUAAUGGUGUCAGCAAUGGAAGUGGCAAUGCGGACAGUGAUGCUUAA